AUGUCGAAGUUAACGGGCGUUGGAACUUGUAGGUUGAAGGAUGGUACAGUUGUGGCGAGUGGAAGCUCUAGCCCCGAUAAGGGUAUUUCUGGCUCAUCACUACUCACACAAUCACACAAUUUGGUUGUGCCAGACUUUCAACGGAUUUACGAUGGGGAGAUCCAGAAGCAACUCGAUGAGCUGACCCUAAAAGAAAGAGAUCUGAGGAGACGCCUUCAGCUGUAUUCACAGCAAAUUCCAACUUCUCAACAGUUCGGUCAAUUCGGCGGGAAUUAUGCGAUAGCUCCAUCGCAAAUCUCGACUUCGAGUUUUUUUCUCCAACCAACUGCACGUGGUUUCGUUCAACAGAACCCAAUUUUCACGACGAAUCCCAUUUCUCGACCCACUUUUAUCCCCGAAACGAAAGCGACAAAUUCCCAGGAGCUUCAAAUGAAACUCCGUAGAAUAUUCCCGGGGCAAGAAUUUCGGCCUGAAGCGCUGAAAAAUUUCGAGCUCUGGAGCAAGAAUUGGAACAGUCCAUAUAAAAAGACUUUCCCAAUUCGAGUGAUUCCAAAAGGAAGAUUGGUGCAAGGAGUCCGACCAACGACUCCGAAACCAAAGCUUCGACAGGGAAUUCUCAUCACUGGAUCUCCGCGAAAAUCACUGAAGAAAUCGGUUAAAACUAAACCCUCAACAAACGAUCGUUUCCCGAUACCGCCUCCAUUGAAAAUCGACGAGAAAGCGGCGCUUCGAAAGAUGAAAAGAUCGCGAAAGAGAAUGACUGAACAAGGGUGUUUUUGUCCAUUUUUGUGGGACAAACCCCAACGAGGUGCGCAGAAUGAUCGGCGGACGGUGAUGUCACCAUCGAAACGAUCGCUCAGACGAUUUGAGCUCAUUCACGAGGGAGUGGCUGGUGAUCGAGGAAUUGCACCGGCACAUUCAAUAAGACGACGAACUGGGCUAAAGCGUGACUACACCCCAGAAGUUGGCUACGAGUCGGUGCCAAUCCGGGCACCGAUUCCUCCUGUUGAAACCACAUCCAUCAACCCAUACAUUCCACCAAAUCCUCCACUUGCACUCGCCCCGCCAAAGUCUGACGCAAAGAUUCCAGCUUCAAAUGUUCACAGCAAUUCUGGUCAUUCAGGAAAUGACAAUAUGCCAUCUGCUGUACCUAAUCCAUCACCUGGAAAUGGACCCAUUGAGGUGGAAGCGGCUGACUCUGAGAAUCCGGAUGGAUUUGAUGUUGAAGUAGACGGUGAUCGCGAUGAGAACAUGGAGGAACCUGAUGAGGAGUUUGAAUCAGAACCGGAAAGUGCUGGAAGUAGUGAAAGUGGUGGAAGAAAUGGAGAGUCAAGAGCAAAAUCAAAAGUCGCACACCAUCAGAAACCCAUUUUGCCGCCACCACCACAACAGCCUCUCGUUUGGAUGCCCGAGACUGGUGGAGCGUAUAAGCCGCAGCUUGGUAAAGCCGGCACUGAUGGAGAAGAGGACGAGGAUCGCACGGUGAUCAUUGAAGUGCCUAAUGGAGCUCCUCAACCGGAUCAUUAUCUCCCGCCACCUGCCGGCCCAGCUGGAAAGGUUUCUGAACUGCCCGCACGCUUCAACUUUAUCCUCCCUGAAGAGGACACUCCAGAGAAUCCUCAAGGAACCGUCCCGAAAAACCCAGCCCUACUGGCUAAAGGAUCGCUGAAACCAAAACAAUCAAAAGUUUACGAUAUCGUGGUUUCGGAUGGAAAAGGAACUCCAUCACCGAGAACAACCACCACUACGACUACAGAACCGCCAUUUGAGGUGGCUCCUCCAUUCUUGGGAGAUCCGCAACUUUUGAGCGCGGUGACAGGUUUGUUGAGUGCUGGAGCUCUAUUGCCGGCUCUUGGUCUUGCUGAUGGAUCACCGCAAUCGUUCGGUGGAACUGGUGGGCUUGGUGGUUUGGGAAUGGGUGGUGGAUAUCCUCAAACACCAUACGGCCGACCAUUGGCUUAUUUGCCACAGGGUGGUGGCGGAGCUGUGCCUGCGGGUGGAGCUGGCUUUACUGAGGUAACCGGGCAAACAAAAGGUGGCUUUACAGUGAAAGGAGCUGGCGGUAUCAAUAAUUCCGGUGUUUCCGGCUUCUUCGUGCCUGAAGACAAUGGAGAAGAGCAAAGACGAUCAUCCAACUCCGAGUUGGUGAUUGGUGGGCCAGCAAUUGAGGCAGGCAGUGCCGGUUCGAUCAAUGGGGAAACGAUUGCCGAAGUGAAUCCCGGAUCAUUUCCCGGGUCAAGGAUUACAAGUCUUGGCGAAGCUUGGGGAGGGAUCAAUCCAUUCCAAUGGGAACAUGGACAAGGCACUCCGAUACCACAAAUACCUACA